CACCAUUCUAUCAGGUACUGGCUAAGCAGCUGGCUGGGUAUGUCAACAUUUUAGCAGGGCUAACGGAAUAUUCCGCAGUAUGGUUUUGAUUGCUCUAUUGGACGGAUUGGCCGAGUUGCGGAGAAAAGUAUUCAUGGAUGUGUACACAGAACUGAGAUGGUGUGAUAGAGUGGGGGGCCGGUUGAUGCCAAAACCAGCGGGGAAUUGGGUACUUGCAUUGCACGAAGGACUGAAGGACUGUUACUGCUGGACAUUGUACUCUAUACAUAGUGGGUGAGGUAGAACUUCACUGCGGAAAGGAGGUGCAUGAGCUAAAUAAAUAUUCUUAUGUCCGAGAAUAUCUCCAUCGCAGCAUCACGACAAACAGGAUUUAGCUGAUGCCGAUUCGCUUUGGAUUCCGCUCGCAGGGAAUCUCUGCCCCCUUUUCUCUUUUCCUGAUGCGCCGACAUUCCUUCUCACGGGACUUACCUGGAUGCCGAUACUAUGAUCAACUGGCUAACUCUGCCUGUUGGUAGCUAAGAACGCUGUGGGCAUGUCCCAUGUUUUGUCUGUCCAUAUUACGCAGAAGGACUUGCCGGAGGGACACGCCUUCUCGCCGGGCAGCAUUUGUAUAUGCUGUCGAAGAUGAGUAGGCACAGGCAUGAUCCAUAACGAUUGCAGCUUCUGAUAUUGUGGUAUAAACAAAAUGCCCAUACAAGAGAUGUCCUGAGCUGAGAGGCGGCAAGCUCUCUUCAAGCUUGACACUCCUCUUCAUGACCCUUCAACGCGCGGAAUUGGCUUGAUUUUUUUUAAAUUGAAAUUGCAACAGGAUUAAGCUAUCAGUGUUUUAUACGCCAAUACUCACAGCCCUUCUACUACUAUGGAGGCCACCGACACGGACUGGGAACGCGGGGAGCAUAUAGGCUUCGUUUCCAUCGCAAACCAUUGCCUCCGCGUCACCGUCCACGGGCCUGAUCGUCGUCCUGGUGACCCUAUUGUUAUCGUCCUGACCAAUGUAGCCACCAGCUCCGGGCAAUGGAUUCCCUUUCGCCGGCUCCUUUCGCGCAGGGUCCGCACUAUGAUGUAUGAUCGUUCUGGUCUGGGUGACUCAGAAGAGAUACCAAAUCCUACUGCCCCUACCGCCCGUAAUAUUGCCCUCGAACUGGAUGUCCUGCUGAUCGCUGCUAAAAUCGGACCACCAUACAUCAUCGUUUGCCAUUCCUUUGGCGCUAUUGUCGCGCGGGAAUUUCUGGUUUUGAAAAAUAUCAAGGUCGAACUUCACGAUAUUGUGGGGAUGGUCUUUGUCGAAGGUGACCAGGAAAAUACUCAUUCGUUACUAAAACCCGAUGAGAACGUGCGGCGAAUGAGUCAGGGGCAAGACUUGCUGCGAGCCACUGGAUUAUAUGACGAAAUGGUUCUAGAGCCAGAGAGGCGGGAAGGUCUUUACUUAGAAGCGGAAAUUCCACUAUACCAAGAAACAGCUGCGGCGGAGUGUGGCGAAAUUGCCGAGAGCUCUCAGGAGCUGGGGGAGAAAAAGCAGCUAGAAGCAGAUCCUCCACUUCUCGGGUCCGUUCCCGUCAGUGUAGUGCUCGGAGACACCGCACGGGAUCAUGAACGGAUAUAUGAAGCUGGUCUCAGGCAAGGUAAAGAAGGCAUCCCAUUGGCAGCGUGGCAGAGAAGGAUGGCAGAAUACAGGGAAUUGGACGAAAUGCUGCAGCUGGCAAAUUUGAACCUAUCAACGACCGGCUCCGUAGCGAUUGCACAAAAUAGUGGCCACAACGUCCACCUUACCGAACCCGAAGUCAUAGUGAAGGAGGUUCAGUGGAUUUUGGAUGUCUUUAACAACUCCGAGUCGGAUGAGGUAUCCGGGUGAUGUAGUCGGCUAGAUUCCUUUGGAUGAUGGUAGCUAGGCCGAAGGAUACCUAUAUAUGUCUCCCGAUCAAUACCUUUCUACAGAUUGGCAAAAUGGCCAAAGGACCCCACUACUCAGAGGGUGUUGGAGAGUCUGAUUAAACACCGUCAUCAUUAUCUUGUGUCUACGUUGUUUCUAUUAUGUUCGCUACUUCAAUCGCGAGCACGAUGUGAAAGUAUCAGAGCUGACUUCGAACUCGCUGUUGUCAUUACUAUGCACCGUAAGAUUAUUGUUUCAUGAUUAUCCAUAUCACCUGGCAUUAGUUUAGAGGAGGCUCGUGGAAAUGAAUGAAGAAGAGAAUUAGCUACUCGUGUUCAUUUAAAAGUUAUUGGUUUUCAUCAUUCUGAUUUAAAUAGAGUUGCGAUAAAAAUCACAACCCGCACCCCCAAAACACCGUAACUCCAAUCAAGAGAUAAAAGAUAGGUGGAUAGGAUGGUAUGUACGUACAUGUACAUGUACAUGUAUGUACGGAGUAGUAUACGCUGCGUAGUCAGGCUAAUGGAUCCGUAGCCAUGUGCCGGAAUAUGCAGGUGCCAUAUGGCCCUCCAAUAAGAUCAAUCAAACAGAUGAACUGACAGG